AUGCUUGCAGAACAGAAAGCAUCGUUGCCCAAACGAGAGCUCGAGGCGAAUUGGAGACGUUGUAGCGCGGCAGUCUCGAAAGUGCAGAAGACAUUGUUGCUCAUCUCCGCUUUGAGGAGGCAAGCUCGAGGCUACCAGUCGCCCUCGGAUUGGCAUCCGUUGCACCAGGUCGCUUUGGGCACUUGCAACAUUGAAGGGCGGGAGCAAGACUCAAGAUGCCUGGCAACAACAGCCUCAUUUCAGCUGGAAAAGAGGGCAUUCUGGAUUGAAACUGAGGCUGCUGUCGAAGUAGGCAGAAGCAGGCGAACCAUAAAAUCACUUUUUCCGAUUGCUACGGCGACAAACAUGUCAUGUGAAAUGGCCGGUAAAGUGACUCGUGCUUGUAGUUCACCGACGCUGACGACGGGGACUACUUGUUGCUCUGUUGUCAUCGGAUGCUGCCACGAGAUUGUAGGCGGACCCAGUCUACGAAGCAGCAUCGUCGCGUUUCAGUGCAAGCAGACUUGA